AUGGAGCAAAGCCAGAAUAAGAGGACCGUGAUGGGAAAACACAACCCAGGACGUAUCGCUGCAGUACUCAUGUCUUUAGCUGCCUUUGUAGUGAGCUUGGUGUUUAAUGGGCUGGCUGUAGUUGGAGUUAGUCCUUUUCACACCACCCAAGCCAAUGUCUCAGCUUUGUUUGACACCCAGCUUACGCCUUCAGGAUGGACAUUUUUCAUCUGGACCCUCAUCUACAUCUGGCUGAUCUUCAUGAUCAUCUACAUUGUUGCGGGUCUUUUCAGAAAGUUGAAUGGAUAUGGAUAUGUUUACUGCACUCCUGCAGUACUGCCUUAUGGAUUCUUUAUUAGCUGGUGUCUCAACAUGGGCGUCAAUAUUGGUUGGCUGCUGGUUUGGGACAGAGAACUGAUGAUUCCUGCACUGGUGUUUCUCAUCCUCAUCAUCUGCACUAACUACUCCAUGAUAUGCUUCAUCUGCCAUGGGAUUCACGUUUAUGGAGCUUGGCUCAACAAAUACCACAAAGCAGACCUGUGGCUCCUCCGGGUGUUGGUCCAGAAUGGUGUCAUGAUAUACACGACUUGGACAACUGUUGCAACCCUCCUCAACCUGACCAUUGUACUGGCUUAUGAAACAGACAUGUCCCAAGACGAUGCUGCCACACUCUCAUACUCUCUUUUGACUAUUUUGUUGCUUGGAUGGUUUGUUUUAGAGAAUCUUGUCCUCGACAAGCAUGUGCGGUACGUCUGCAUUACCUACCCCGUUGUGAUCUGGGCGCUGUCUGGAAACCUUGACAAAAACUAUGAUGCUGAAUCACCCAGUCGCAAUGGCGUCUUCAUUGCUGUGCUGCUGGCUGCAGCCUGUGUGCUGUUUGUGAUUCGGGUUGGUUUGGUGGUCUGGAGACACAUCAAACAGCCACUCUAUGAAGGUGUCGAUCCUGAAGCCAUGGAACCGAUGGAGAUCGCUAAGAAGCAGAAAAAGAUAUUUCGCUGA